AUGAUUAAAGAUCGGUGGUCACUGCGACAAGAACACAAUCGACUGGACAAGGCGCAAAUUAGUAUCGAGGAAGAACGCCGAGGCUUGGUGGAGCAGGCCGGAAGAGAACGAGCAGAAUUACAGCAGCUGGUGAGUACUUUCCUUGAAGAGCAUCGAAAAUUGCAAACAAAGGCUGCUGAGGAAAGGGCGCUGUGUGCGGAAGAACAUCAGAGGCUUCGUGCCGCUCAAGUCGCAUGGGAAGAGAAACGUCGAGAGGAGGAGUCUGCUUUGCGACAGGCUAAAGAUGAAAUUCAUCAACUCAGAGAGGCGUUGGGAGCAGAACGAAGGCGCCUUGAUGAGCGUUUGAGUGAGGUGAGGAUCAACGAAGUGAAGUUGGAGGAAACAAGAAAGCAACUGGAAAUUGUUCGGUGUGAUCUAUCUCGGGAACAGCAAUCGUUAGCAAGCCGGGAUGCCUACUUGACAGAGCAAGCGACCGAACUGGCCCAACGCUCAGAAGCAGUGAAACACGCCCAACGAUCGCUCUCGGACGCAGAGGCUAAGCAACGACAUUUGCGACAAGAACAGGCCAAACAACUUGCCGAACUACAAGAGAAGACCGAAAGAUUGCACGAAGCGGAGCAAAAAUUGAUUCAGGAGCGUAAAGAGCUAUCAAGACAGCACAUUGAACUCACUAAACUCCGUCAACAGAUUAACGUGGACAAGACGAGAGCGAUGUGCGUCACUUGUGGUGUGCCAGUCCGCGAUGAGCCAACUCCGAUGCGAUCACACUUGGACUCGGCGAACAGAUCCCGACGAGCGUUGCUCAACGGUAGCAGUCUACGUGCCCAACUGAACGGAGAGAUGGGCAUAUCCCGAAGAUCCCGCUUAGCCUAUGAUGAGAAUGCGAAGACAGUGGAUGAGGAACCCCACCAAACACAACGCCGAAUUCCAUCCUAGUUGCCAAAGAAUCAACCAAUGCACCUAGUUUGGUUCCAUCAGAAUGCUUCAGUGUGCCGAUCUACUAGGCUAGCUGACUUGUCAUACCACGCUUAUCUGGCGAAGCUGAGGACAGAGCGGCUUUGUAUCUCGGUGGAUCCCCAGGCUCUUCAUGUUUUUGUCUCGUUGUACAUACCCAAAAUGACUGGAGUUGUGAAACGAAAAGACAGCAUAACGGUGAUUACAAUGCCAUAUUAAAUCAUUUUACUACCAUUUGUGCGUUUUCCGAUUCUGCCCCACACAUUUUACUAGUGUAACAAACGCACUCGUCUGAUUCACAAACUGAAUUAAAAUUAUUUGUCCGA